AUGGCGACUGUGGAACCGGAAACCACCCCUACUCCAAAUCCCCCGCCUACAGAAGAAGAGAAAACAGAAUCCAAUCAGGAGGUUGCUAACCCAGAACACUAUAUUAAACACCCUUUACAGAACAGAUGGGCACUCUGGUUUUUUAAAAAUGAUAAAAGCAAAACUUGGCAAGCAAACCUUCGAUUGAUCUCUAAGUUUGAUACUGUUGAAGACUUUUGGGCUCUGUACAACCAUAUCCAGUUGUCUAGUAAUUUAAUGCCUGGCUGUGACUACUCACUUUUUAAGGAUGGUAUUGAGCCUAUGUGGGAAGAUGAGAAAAACAAACGAGGAGGACGAUGGCUAAUUACACUGAACAAAUAGCAGAGACGAAGUGACCUCGAUCGUUUUUGGCUAGAGACACUGCUGUGCCUUAUUGGAGAAUCUUUUGAUGACUACAGUGAUGAUGUAUGUGGAGCUGUUGUUAAUGUUAGAGCUAAAGGUGAUAAAAGAGCAAUAUGGACUACUGAAUGUGAAAACAGAGAAGCUGUUACACAUAUAGGGAGGGUAUACAAGGAAAGGUUAGGACUUCCUCCAAAGAUAGUGAUUGGUUAUCAGUCCCAUGCAGACACAGCUACUAAGAGCGGCUCCACCACUAAAAAUAGGUUUGUUGUUUAAGAAGACACCUUCUGAGUAUUCUCAUAGGAGACUGCGUCAAGCAAUCGAGAUUUGGGAGCUGAACCAAAGCCUCUUCAAAAGCAGAGUGGACUGCAUUUAAAUUUGAUUUCCAUCUAAAUGUUGCUAAGAUAUAAGAGAAGUCUCAUUCGCCUUUGUCUUGUACUUCUGUGUUCAUAUUUUCUUUUUUCUUUCUUUUUUUUUUUUGGCUAGAGUGUCCAUUAUCUCAAUCAAAGAAUUACAGUACACAUCAUCCCCAGAAUCCAUAAAUGUGUUCCUGGCCCACUCUGUAAUAGCUUAAUAGAAAUAACCAUUACAGACACAUUUGACCCAUCUACAAUAUUAAAAAAAAGAACUUGCAUUUCUGUACCUUACAAGAGAAUGAUUUUGUUUACGUUCCAUUGUAUGCAGGAGCAUAUUUUGCUGGUUUGAAAGAGUAUGAUGCAUACAGUUUUCUGGCAAUUUUCUUUGAUUCUUUUUACAGCAUUAUCUGUGCUGUACUCUUGCUGAUGGCUGCUAGAUUUUAAUUUAUUUGUUUCCCUAC